UUGUAUUAACCUUAGUAUUGUGGGCUUUAUGAAAACGCAUAUUUUCACUGAACAAUUAGAUCAGUGUAUCUGGUGUCAUUCAUUCAGUCAUGAUAUCUUAUCCGACACAAGGUGAAGCUGCUGAUAAGUUAAUACUGACGUCAGGAGAGAAGUUCUAGGUGGUGAUAAUAACUCAGUUGAUGUGCUUUUGAACUUUCAUUGAAUGUUUUUGUUCGAUCGUAUGUUGCACGAGUUCAAUCAACACUUUGACGUGUUAUAUUUAUUAGAAUUUCACUGAGAUUAAGAUAGUUCAAAUCAUGGUAGUCAUCAGGAAGUCCUGGUAAUCGGUUUUGUGCCAUUUUUUACUGUUUAGAGAGGCAUAUCUGCAACCUUGAUGGGACCGGUGCUUCUUAUCAGAAUCGAGCGCAUCGCAAGCAGUGACACAGUCUAAAGUGUUAUGUCUGGGCUAUUUUGAUCAUGAUGGGGCUCUCAUAGGAGUGAAACGUUAUAGAAUCUUAUGUGUUUUUCUAGUACAAUACUUAGAAGCAUAUAAGAUUCAAUUUAUAAAUGAUUACUCAAGCAAAUAGAAAAUAAAAUACACACAAAAAACAAAACAACCAAUGCCGGAUUACUGUAAUGAAGAGAAUUUAAAACAAACAGAAAGUGUUACUAUGCAUGAAGUCCAUAAAGUUUAUUGUAAUGAUUCGGGACUAGAUGCAGCAUCACUUAAAAUUAUUGAAUUGUCUAAAAAGAUUAGAGAAUUAAAUGCUACACUUGUUAGUGAACGAAAUAAAUGUAAUAAUUUGUAUCAAAUAGUUAAAAAAUUGGAAUCUCAAUCCAUUAACUCAUCAUUAAACAAAGAUAUUAUUUGUAGUUUAUGUAAAAAAAAUAAUGAAAAAAUUGAAAAUCUAUCAAAGAAUGCAGAACAAGAGAAAAAGUUAAAAAAAAUGGAAUCAAUUAUUUUAGAAUUACGUCAAAAAAUUCAAAUAUUAAAUCAUAAUUUAUUAUUAGCUAAAAAAGUAGUUGAGGAAGAAACUGGUGAAAUUAUACCAAAUAUAAAUAGUUGGUUAACAAAUUUAAAAUUAAAAUCUAAAACAACACAGAAUACAUGGCGUGGUCGACAACAACAAAUUAUUACAUUAAAAAAUCAUAUUAUAAAAUUACAAUCACAACUUUCAUUCAAUGGUUCUUCUUCUAUAGAAGAUUCAAUCAAUAAGAAUAAUAUAGUGAAUGAAACAUUUUCUGGGGCAACAUUAUUUGAUAUCGAUUAUCUCCAUGACAACAACAAUAAUCAUAAUAAUCAUAAUAAUGUUCCUUCUAAAUCCCCUAAAUACAAUUAUCCUAUUGAACAACAUGUAAAUAAAAUAUCUAUAAUUAAUCAAUUACAAAAUGAUAAAAAUUAUUUACAAGAAGAAAUUAAUUUAAUGAAAAAAAAUAAUCAAAAAAUUAAAUUACAUAAUUAUCAUUUAUUCAAUGAACAAAAACAAUUAAAACAACAAAUUUUAUUUUUAAUUAAUAAAAGUAAACAUGAUAAUGAAUUAAUUGAAUCAUUAAUACAUAAUAAAAAUAAUUUACAAAAUCAAUAUGAUAGAAUUCAUCAAAUUAAUAUAGAAAAACAAAAUGAAUUAGAUCAAUUAAAUAAUGAACAAUUAAAUUUAAAACAAAGAAAUGAUAUUGAAGUUAAAAAAUUAGAAGAAAUCAUUAAUGAGAAGAACCAAUUAAUUGAUCAUAUGAAUCAACAUCUUACUACAGAUCAUCAAUUACAUUUGAAUACAUUAGAACAUCAAAUCAUAGAUGAACCAAAUAAUCAAAUACAAUCUAAUUUAAUCAAUUCAUUACAAUAUGAUUUAGAUUAUAUUCAAAAUGUUCACAUUGAACGUAAUGGAUUAAUCAAAUUAAUAGAAAAUAUGAAAUAUAGAAUUGAAGAACUUAUUAAUGAAAAAAUGAAACUUGAAAUGAAAAAUGCUGAAUUAACAAAAAAAAUUUUUGUAAAACCAAAUGAAAAAAAUCAAUAUUAUUUAAUCAAUGAAAAAUCAAUAAAAUCCGAUAAUAAUAAUAAUAAUGAUAAUGAUAAUGAUAAUGAUAAUGAUCAAUUAUUUCAUUAUCUUAUUGAUGAUAAUUAUAUUAAUAAUUUAAUACAAAAAUGUUCAUUAUCAUCGUAUUCUAUGAAAAUAAUUAAAAAAUCAAUAAAACAAUAUCAAACUUUAUUAAUACAAUAUUAUAAUGAAAAUAAUUAAUUUAAAAAAUAUAUUAAAUUAAUAUUAGAUUAUCAUAAAGAUGAUUUUAAAUUAAUAAUGAAUAUUAUUGAUGAAUUAAAACAACAAAAACAAACGAGAAAAACAACAAGAAGAAGAACAAC